AUGAUCCCAGGUUUCCAUAAUCCCAGACCAGGCCGUAUCCUGAGCAGCUGCUGUGGGGUUAUGGAGAGAAGUGGAGAGCUGAGACUGAUUCCUCUGCUGGAUGAGAAUGAUCAGCUGGUGAGAUGCAUCUCUGAGUAUCAGCAGAAGGGUCGAGCCACCGAAUUGAAGUCUUUUGGCACUGAGGAUCGUCCCACAGACAGGCCUAUCCCACCUCGAGAUGAUGUCUUUGAGUACAUCAUAUUUAGAGGAAGUGACAUCAAGGAUUUGACAGUGUGCGAGCCGCCCAAACCCACCUGCAACCUUCCUCAGGAUCCUGCAAUCGUGCAGUCCUCUUUGGCAUCCACCGCCGGCCCCACAGCACCUUCCUUCCAGUCAUACAGCCCCUUCAGUCGGGCCCCGUACAGCCAGUUCAGUUCCACUCCGCUGGUACCGCAGGCAUUCGGAGCCGCAGUUACAGCCGGAAGCAGCUCAGGUCCUGCGUUCAGUAGCGAGGCGAGCACUACUGCCCCUCUUUCCCCUCACUCUCGCUCGCUGAGUGCUCACAAACCCGAAGGUCGUUCCAGCCCAUCUCUAGAGCCCUCGAGGAAGACCCCCACCCUGGAGCAUGCUGUCCAGACGGCUCCGGUCGCUCCACCUGCGGCUACCACCAGUGCAGUGAGCCAGAAGCCUGCAGCCACCCGACCCAUCCUCCUCACCCAGAAAUCCGCUGAAAUCCAGGAGCUGAAAGCAUUGGAAGCUCAGAAGGUUCCUCGGCCUGAAUUGGAUUCAAACAGGCCUGACAACAAAGACCCAAACAAACGGCACUCUGGAGGAGGUGGUGCUCCUCUAAUGAGGAGGGGGCGGGGCAGCGGUGGUGGAGGUGGUGGUCAGCGUGGGCGGGGCAGGUUUAAUGGCCGUAGAGAUGGACCAAUGAAAUUUGAGAAGGAUUUUGAUUUUGAGAGUGCAAACGCCCAGUUCAACAAGGAAGAGAUUGACCGCGAGUUCCAAAGCAAACUGAAGAUUAAAGAUGAGAAGUCGGAGAAGACUCUGAAUGGAGAGGAGAAGACUGAUUCAGGUGUGGAGACCCAAAACAGUGAAGGAAACGCAGAUGAAGAGGAUCCACUGGGACCCAACUGCUAUUAUGACAAAUCAAAGUCCUUCUUUGACAACAUCUCCUGUGACGACACCAGAAAGGAGAAAGCAGCAGGUGCUUUUGGAAGGGAAAGGAGGCAGACCUGGGCGGAGGAGAGGAGGAUGAAUGCGGAAACGUUCGGUAUUCCGCUGCGUCACAAUCGUGGCCGUGGCGGUUUCCGUGGCCGAGGUGGUGGUAUGGGUUAUCGUGGCGGACGUGGGCGUGCAGCCAGCAGGGGCUCCUUCAUGCCCUCCCGUGGGGGCGGGUCUGGAUUUGGGGGCGGAGCUGGAUUCAGGGGCGGAUUCAGAGGUGGCAGAGGAGGACGAGAGUUCUCUGACUUUGAGUACAGGAAGGAGAACAAAGUGGCGGCGUAGUCCAACCCGAAGGCCAGAUCAUCCGAACAGCCAAGAAUCACCGCUCAUCCACGUCUAGAUUAACGCUUUGGUUUUGACUCCAGACUAACAGGGACAGCCUCUCUCUGUUGAACACCAGCGCAGGUCUCAUGCCUGCCUUCAGCUGGACACGCAGCUUUCAGUUUAUUUCCUCCUUCCUUUUUUUAGAAAAAGAAAAAAACCCAUUUGAUGUUUUUUGGAAACGUUUGCUCUGCGUUUGAUACGUUCUGAGGGGAGAAUUUGUGUACAAAAUGCCGCAACUUCGGUGGAAUGACGAUGAUGAUUUUCUGGUAUUUUUUGCAUCAACCUUUAGUUCCUUUCGUAAUAACCAGAGGAUGGUAUUUGAUAUUCUGCUAGGUGUACAGAAACCCCGCUGAAACUGUGAGCGCUCUUCAGUCAAAUAGCUUUUGUUCAUUUUUAUUUUAAUUUCCAUUGGUUUUGUUAUAUCUAUUGAAGCAGCAGAACGCAGUCUAGAGUUGUCCGAGCUAAUCCAAAUGAAAUAAACAUUCAGUUUAACUCAGACAGCCCGAUGGAUUCACAUCCAAGCCGGUUUGGUUCUCAUCCGUUUCUUAAACAUCGAUGCUUUUUCUUCAUGUUAAGUAGAACUAGAUUAUUAUUAUUAUUAUAUUUACAGAUAAACCUCUUCUAUUUGGUGCAUUUUGCCCUGUAAACAGCUUCAUCGUCUAGCUAUAGGUCAGUUAAAAGAAAACACAUCCUGGUUUUUGAUUGAAUGUAUGGAUGAAUUCAAUGUUUUGGUCCUCUCUAUGCAGGAUUAGACUGCUGUUCUGUCUUUAAAAUGUAUUUUGAUAUUCCAGUGCCAGUUAUUCUUGCCUUUUGUUGUCGAUUAUGUCAAUUUCCAAGAGGGCUUUUUUUGAUAUAAUAAUCUCAACACGACGCCCUCAAUGACGAGCCCAUCACUGUUUAUUAUGAUGAUCUUCUGGAAAGAUCCUGAACCCUUUAAGAAUCCGAUUGGAUGUGUUGAAAUUGUGUUCAUGUGCACUUUAAAGACAAACGCCGCGAGUCUCACAUGAUGAUGUGAAAGCAAAUCUGACGUCAUUUCAUACAGCCAGAUGAAUCUAAGGCCAAUAGUACAGUCAUAGUAAUAAAAUGCAUCGUUUAGCUGGAUAAAACAUUAAGCGUCACUCAAUUCAGAAGUUCCUGGUUUGUGAAUAGUUCUGUUAUCUGUUUGAUACACUCGUGUGUAAAUGUGUUAUUUCAGGUACCAGCCGUCUAUUGCUCUGUUUGUUUACGCAGCGGCCCAUCUCUUCCCCAUUGAAUGUCACUGAAGCACUAGUUCCUGCACUGUUAAAUGGGAGUCAAUUAUUUCUUUUGCUGUGCUUCGUAUUUUUAAUUUGUGUUCCAGACAUCCAAAGACUGAAUUGGGGAUAACUUAAGAAGCAGAAGUACUUUCUUUCUCUCGGAUGGCUCUGUGUUAUUAUGCCGUCUUGUCUGUCUCAUAGUUUACUUGUAUUCGCUCCCUUAAAAAUAAAAAAAGCACUACGAUUUGCAGAGAUGUCCCGCAGGCAGCUAGAGGAACGCAGUCUGACCGAUCACUCCAGGUAUAAUGGGAAGCGAAUCUGAGCAGGGGGCAGAUUUUGGUGCUGAAUUUGGACUGGAGAUGUGAAUGAAUCCAGUCUAGCGUUGUGUGAGACGUGGAUGGAAGUGCAGGACAUGUGUCAUGUAUUAAGGGGCUUGAUGUGAUUUGUUUGCUCAGACUAACUCUGGAGGAGUUUGAUUGGCAGGUUUAUUUUGUUUCUUUAUUUUUCUGAAUUAAAGCAGUUGUACAUGGUGUGCUCUUAGAGGGCUUCAAAUGGGGGCAAACUGAGGUUUUUAUUCAACAAGAGAAAUAAAUAGUUGUUCAGUAAA